AUGAGGGCUUACUCAAUUAUAUAUUUCAUAUCUGCUAUAACUGUUUCAUUUGUGGGUGCUUACAGCAAUUUAAUCUACAACUUAGCUGUCGAUAUGGCAGAAUAUUGCCGUAUAAGUUACUGCAUAAAAGGCUUCGGAAAUUAUGACUUCUUAAUUGAUGCACCUUCGCUACAAACUGGUGACAUUUCAUUAGCUUGUCCAACAUUAACUUUUUGCCAAGACAACAAAGAUAUUGAAAUUGUUCAAAUACUCAAUCCUAAUAUUUCGAAAGCCGAAAUUAGUGGAAGUGGAUAUGUAGCAAUAAACCAUGCUAAGAGACAUAUAAUUGUUGUUUCUCGUGGGAGCUAUACAAUUCAGGAUUGGGUUUCAGAUUUUGAAUUCGCUCUAGUACCAUACAAACGUUGUUCGUUUUGUACUGUACACAAAGGUGUUUACAUGGCAACAGAAGUGAUUAAAAAACAGGCAUGGGACACAAUUAAAAAUCUCUUGAACAAAUAUCCAGAUUAUGAACUUAUUGCUACUGGACAUUCCCUCGGAGGUGGACUUACCGCUCUUGUUGGUCUCGAAAUGCAGCUUGACUUCAAAAAGCGUGUCACUGUUGUUUCACUCGCAGGUUUGAAAAUUGGUAACAACCAUCUUGCCGAAUUUAUAGAUGAAACCUUCAACUCUUCUAAAUACCUAGAAUCUGUUAACGACAAUGAUGCUAAUGGAACUCAAUUUGGUGGGUUUUUAAGAGUUGUACACGAAGCUGAUAUAGUUCCACUUAUUCCUCCUACCCCAUUAUAUUCUCAUGGGGGUAUUGAGCUCUAUAUUAAUAAAGUCAGACUCCCCCAUCCUCAAGAGUCCACGGAGAUAAAAGGUAUGUACAAGUAUGAACCAUUGUCAUCCCAACUUUUCAAUAUACUUAGUCAGAAAUCACUACAAGAGACUUUAACUAUAUAUGAGCAUAACAACUACUUUAUGUACAUAUAUGGAUGUAAUUCAACAAGUGUUGCUGACUUUAUUCCUGGUCCAAACCCACCAACUGAUGGUAAUAUUACUGCUGCUGCGCUUCGAGCAACAAUGAUAAAUCAUCCUACAAGUUAUUCUCGAUCAACUUUGGUUGCUUCUGUCACAACUUAUUGA